AUGGACCAACCGCAGAUAAUAAGUGAGCCUUCAAACGAUCCAGAACGUGCCACCAUCUUAUUGAUGGGGCUAAGAAGAGGUGGGAAAUCAUCAAUAUGUAAAGUUGUUUUCCAUAAUAUGCAACCAUUAGACACAUUAUACUUAGAAUCAACUUCAAAACCAACUACAGAGAAUUAUUCAUCUUUAAUUGAUUUAGCUGUUAUGGAAUUACCAGGUCAACUGAAUUAUUUUGAACCUUCAUAUGAUUCUGAAAAAUUAUUUCAAAGUGUUGGUGCUUUAGUCUAUGUUAUUGAUAGUCAAGAUGAAUAUUUAAAUGCUUUAACAAACUUAGCAAUGAUUAUUGAAUAUGCUUAUAAAGUAAAUCCAGAAAUACAUAUAGAAGUUCUUAUACAUAAAGUUGAUGGAUUAAGUGAAGAUUUUAGAUUAGAUACUCAAAGAGAUAUAAUGCAAAGAAUUGGUGAUGAAUUAUUAGAUUUAGGUAUUGAAGGUGUACAAGUUUCAUUUCAUUUAACUUCAAUUUUUGAUCAUUCUAUAUAUGAAGCUUUUUCAAGAAUUGUACAAAAAUUAAUAUUUGAAUUGCCAUCAUUAGAAAAUUUAUUAGAUAAUUUAGUUCAACAUUCUAAAAUUGAAAAAUCAUUUUUAUUUGAUAUAAAUAGUAAAAUUUAUGUUGCAACAGAUUCUUCCCCUGUGGAUUUACAAACUUAUGAAGUUUGUGCUGAAUUUAUUGAUGUUACUGUGGAUUUAAAUGAUUUAUAUGAAAAUAAAUUAUCUAAUCAGCCAUUGAAAUGUUCUUCUGUUUUACAAAAUGGUUAUAUAUUAACAUUCCAUACAAUGAUUAGAGGUUUGGCUUUAGUUGCUUUGAUUAAGGAUACAGAUGUUGAUGUUACAAUGGCUGUUGUUGAUUGUAAUAUUGAUAUUUUCAAUAAGGCAUUAAAAGACAUUUGGAAAAGAUCUAUCUUGGGUUAA